AUGCUUGAUAUAGGAAAUCCAUCUGGCAUCAUUGAUAAGUUCAAAUCAUAUAGAUCAGUGAGGAUAUUCAUGCCGGACAUGCCUGCAAGCUUCUGUGCAGCCAAAAUAAUCACAGAAAUCCUCCACAAGGAACUUAUCAGAUUCGAAGUAGAUUUCCACCCAGAAAAACCCAGGUUUCACUCAGAUUCAGAUCUCCAUUUGUUUAUCGACCUAGACCCAGGAGAGUGCAAGAACGCCCUUUUGAUUUGUGGACAAAAGAACUCAUCGAUUCAGGGAUCUUUGUUUACCUGCACCUGUCCGUCUAAGUGGCUCCAUUCGUGUAUAUUAGCAUAUUCCCUAGCAAAGGCCAUGAACUACAUCACCAAUGAUAUCUUGUGGCCUAUAAUUACAUGCUUUGGCUUCUAUAAAAUGUUUACAAAGAAUACCAUGCCUAUCGAUGACCUAAUGAGUGAACCCAGAUUCCCAGACGAUGUAUGUGGUGGGUGUAAGGAAUUACAUGAAGACAUAGUGCUUGAAAUUCAGAAGGCAGGGGUUUUGACGGACAUAGACGGUCUAUACCACAUCGAAAGACCCUGCAUUUCUUUCUUGAACUUUACUUCUCUGUUCUCUGCUCUCCAGAACGACAUCCCAUUCGUUGUUGACAGGAAGAUCCAUUAUAAAAAGGACAAGAAGGCAGAGUGCCAAAGAAUCCAUGAAUAUCUUGCAAGGAAGGGGAUCUCCAAAGAAGUCUCAUGUGAAUUAUAUGCAAACCUUGGAUACAACACAAAGAUGGCAAUAGAAUCAUACUUCCGAAGAAGCAAGUGCUUUGUAAAGAAAAUAGGAUAUGAUGUUGAAUUAUCGUCCACAGAGAGCUUCUUCUUGGUUUGCUAUAACUUGCUAAAGGGCUCCAGAGUAGAUGCCUUUCUAUGCUUGUCAGGAAAGGUGGUUCCAGGGAUAAAAAAAAGCAUCAAGAUCCAUCAUGAACUCAUUUGGAUAUUCAGGGACUGCAUUGCAAAUCUUCGGAGGCUUGGAAAAACUUUGCUCUUCAGAAUUAAUGUCUCGGGAGUCCUGAAAGAUAUGGCUGUAGGAGUUCUACUCCAUCUAUAUGAGCAUUAUUUUGAGAUAUAUAUAAGAAGGAGACAUAACAAUUCUUACAGCCAAAUGAUCAUUCUCCAAGGAUGUCUUGAGAACAAGCUUGUUCUGGCAACCAACGAUUCUUUCAUUUUUUCUGAGCUCAGCCAUGUGAAAGAAAGGAUUGGGGAGUACAUUGUAAUGGACAGGGAUGAGUUGUUUACGAUUAUUGCCAAGCUAAAGACAAAGACUCGGCUAGAGCCAUCCAUAGGUGUUUAA